AUGGCCAGUUCAACAUAUGUGCAAGCACUCAUCCUCCUGCUAAGUGCUUCUAUGUGGGCAAUAAGCAUGGCAAACAGGCAAUGGCAACAUGGGUUCAACUACCCUGAUUGGAGUCACAAACGUCACCCUUCUCGUCAAAACAGUACAGAUACACCCAACAAGAUCGUUGUAGGUGGAUCUCAAAAUUGGACGUUCGGUGUUAACUAUACUGAUUGGGCUCUCAAGAAUGGCCCAUUUUACUUCAAUGAUACUCUAGUGUUCAAGUAUGAUCCGCCAAGUGACACAAACAUUCAUCCUCAUAGUGUCUACUUGCUACCAAACCUGUGGAGCUUCUUAAAAUGUGACCUGAGCAAAGCCAUGUUGAUCGCUAACGCGACAGAAGGAGGUGGCGACGGGUUCGAGUUCGUGCUCAAGAAGUGGCAGCCCUAUUACUUUGCUUGCGGCGGAGGUGCUGGCUUCCACUGUAAUAAUGGCACCAUGAAGUUCUUUGUCAUGCCAAUGUUUCGUCGAGGGCACUGA